ACUCUCAACAUUAUUCAAACUGAACCAACGAUGACAUCUUUUUCAACGCAGACGAGCAUAACAGAAAGCAGAUCUGCAGGCACACAGUGGAUAGAUCCCACACUACAUGAGCAUGAAUAUGCUAGGCCGUGCAUUUCAGGAGCCAGGGAUACAGGAACACAGACGAGACCCAGUGAGACCGAGGACAAAGGAGUAAACUGUAGCACUCUGCAUAUACGCCUUACCACUGCUGACAUAUCAUCUGACUCCUUAGCUUUGUUAUACACAGGACUGCCUUGAAACACUUUCAGAACAUUUGUCAGUGUAAUGCAAAAUAUGGACGACCCAUUGAAGUUUACCAUGCCCGUUUCAGAACAAGUUUUGUUGGUGCUAAUGAAAUUAAGGCUUAAUCUACUGAUUGCAGAUCUUGCCAAUAGAUUUGGAAUAUCCGAGUCUUAUGCGUGCACCAUUUUCAAUCAAAGACUCUCUUUUAUGGCUUCAAAACUGAAAAACUUAAUUGUUUGGCUUCCACGUGAAACAAUUAGAGCCACCAUGCCAAAAUCUUUUCGUGAGAACUAUCCAAAAACCAUAGUCAUAAUUGAUUGCGCUGAAACUUUCAUCCAACGAGCAAAAAACUUGAAGACAAGAGGAGAAACAUACAGCCACUACAAGUCCAACAACACAGGAAAGUAUUUGGUUGGUAUUGCACCACAUGGACAGAUUAUGUUUAUAUCUAAAGGCUUUGGAGGAAGAUCUAGUGAUAAAGCAAUUGUGGAAGAGUCUGGCAUUUUAAAUUACCUUCUUCCUGGGGAUGAAAUUAUGGCGGAUCGAGGUUUUACCAUUGAUGACUUACUCUUUCCCUUGAAAGUGAAACUUAAUAUUCCAGCUUUUACGAAAGGUAAAGACCAACUUUCAGAAGAGGAUGUAACAGAGACAAGACGAAUUGCCAUUGUACGGAUUCAUGUGGAACGGGCUAUUAGACGUUUAAAAGUGUUCCGCAUACUUAGUCAGGUAGUUCCUGUUACCUCUGUUAAGAAACUCAGUGACUACUUGAUUGUUUGUGCUGCAUUGGUUAAUCUGAGAUCUGACCUUAUCAAAGAUAAAGAUGAUAACUGAUGGUUAUGCUAAAAUUUUAAACUCUAGUCAGCUUCACUAAUGUUAAUGAUGCAUGCAUUAACAUAUUGUAAUAUGAUAUUAUGUAAUAAUUCCAAUGUUAUAAGUUUGAUUGGACAAAAAUAAAGCUGAACGAUAGUUUACACAUCAAUAAAUCCGAAAACGCGAUGUAUUCAUACACGCCUGAAAACAAAUAACAUAGUGCGGGGAAACUAUUCAAUUUUUUUUCAAUUGUUACUAAAGUGAAUGUCAGAAUUGGAAUUAUAAGAAUCAAACAUUCUUUUAAAAGAAUUUAUCGAUGUGUAAACUCCGGACA